GAGAAGGAAACAGCGCGGCGAAGGUAAGGCGGUUCCUCGGUCACGUCAGGACAGCUGUACACCAUGUCUGUGGAAGAACUUAAGGGUAAAAUACAGCAGUUGGAGGCCGAACUGAAGCAGCUGAGAGAUGACAAGGGCUGCGCAAGAGAGAAAAUCGCCCAAAUGUCCGGCGAAGUGGUGGAUAGUAACCCAUAUAGCCGAUUGAUGGCCCUAAAGAGAAUGGGAAUUGUGGAAGACUACGAAAAGAUCAGAACUCAUACUGUUGCCGUCGUAGGAGUUGGUGGUGUUGGCAGCGUAACUGCGGAAAUGCUCACUAGAUGUGGUAUUGGCAAGGUAAGUAGAUGGACUUUAUUUUGGUGUAAUUGUUUAGCUAAUUCCAAAACAAAGAUUAAAGUAACAUAUGCUGGUACUUUCUUUUAUGCUGUAUGUUGUACAUGUUAUAAUGGUAUUGUAUAUAUCAUAUAUUUAUAUGUUAGAUGUAAAAGGAAAAGUAGGAAAGGGAGUAAUUAUAUUUCCUCUCUGUUGCUUGCAACACAGUUUUAUUUUGAAAGUUAUUUCUAUAUUACCAUAAAAUUGACAACAUAUAUCAAAGUGAACAUUGUAUCAGUCUUUUUACAGUCCUGUACUCUUUCAUUUAUUAGUGUGAUGAUUUUAUUUGCCACAGAUGAAAAUGAACUCUCUUCUUCUGCCACCAGGUAUUUGUUGAACUUUGGUCAGGUGUCCUACUACUUAGGUUACAAUGCCUUGGUGGACUUCUUUCCCACAAUGACAGUGAAACCCAACCCUCAGUGCGAAGACUCUUGGUGCCGGAAGAGACAGGCAGAAUACAACGCAAAGAAGGCAGCUGAACCUAAGGUGGAAAAGGUGGUGGAGGAGGAGAAAGCAGUCGUCCAUGAGGAUAAUGAAUGGGGUAUUUCUCUCGUUGAUGAGACAACCCCCGAAGAGACCAGCUCCGAGCCCCAAGUAUCGGGUCUUGCCAAGGGUAUAACGGUAGCCUACGAGAGGCCAGCCCCAACAAGCACCGAGGACGGGGCCAGCGUAGUCCAAACGGAAGACACGUCCCUGGAUGACCUCAUGGCACAAAUGAAGUCGCUCUAAGCUAAUUUCAUGGGUGGGAGGGAGGGAGGCAUGGGAGUGUUAUAUGGGACUGGGGUCUUGCAAGAUAUAUUGAUAAAAAGUAGAAGAGGUGAUGAGAAACCAAUUCAAAAUGUAGGUAUGUAUCACAGAAACUCUGAAAUAAUCUGACUUUGUCUGAAUCUCUUCAAGAGUUAAAGAAUCAUUGUUUUUCUUCAGCAAGUAAAGCUCCAUUGGUUUGCUAUCUCUACUGGUAUUCUCAUAUAUUUUGUAAAAAAGAAAAAAGAAGAAUCACAAGUGCCCAGAAUAUGAUUAAUAUAUCUAUUAUUAAAGGUCUUGGAAUCAAUCUUUAAAAAAAUGAUAUGAAAUAGCUUCAUUGUAUAUUUUAUUAGGAUAUUAUCAUUAGGUUGAUAUGAAGCUUAAACUUUCCCAUGGGAAGGAGAAAUGUUAUGAGUAUUUUGAAUUUUACAUUUUUUUUAUGAUAGAAUAUAUUGUUUAUAUAUGUUUAGAGUAUUUAUAAAUCUCUUCUCUCUCUUGUGUGUUUGUUAUGAAUUAUGUUAUUUGAGAUUCUUAUAUUUAAAUUGAAAAUACCAAGUCAGAAGAACAUUCCCCAUCUGCUUGUUUUAUAUUUCACAAUCGUAAGGUUUAGAUUAUCAGUGUUGCUAAUUGAUAUACAUAUUUUUUUUACAUUAAAUUAUUGAUAAAU